AUGGCCGAGCGCGAUGACCGAACGCUGCAUCGCGCGCUCGAACGCGUGGGACCUCGGUUCACGCUCGGGGAUUUGUUGCUCCAGGAGUCCCACGCGCUGGACGCGGACGCGGAGUCGCUUCGCGGACGGGUCAUAAUCGCCGUGGAGCUCGUGGGUGGGCACCUCGACGUCGAUCGCGAGACGAACGAGGUGGUGUACGUCGUGCCGAGACGCGUGCGAGCGGUGGUGAUGGCGCGAGACGUGCAGGCGCGCGCGGCGGCGGCGAGAAGGGCGGCGCAGCGAAGCGCGAUGCGGGUCGUCCGAGCGGCGUUCGGGACGUUUUUAGUCGUCAGCGCGGCGUUGACGACCAUGGCGGUGGUAGCGGUGAUCGUAAUCGCGAUGUCCAGAGGGCACGGGGGUAAUCGAGGCGGGGGUGGUGGGGGGACGGUGUUCGUCGGACCGAACGCGGAUUUUUGGUACUACCUCUACAUGAGAGACCUCAUCGAUUUGAUGCUGUGGAACGACAUGGCGAGGAGGGAUCGGGCGAUGUACGAGCGUGCUCGGUAUGGAGUCGAAUCGGAAGUCGUGAAGCCGGGGAACAUUGGUCAAGCGGGCGGUUCAGGCGGCGGACCGGGUGGCGGACCGGAUGAAGACGCGAGACGGGACGAUCCCGAGCGCGGUCGACCGAACGCAGCGAACGUUCCCGGGAGACGACGCGCGAACGGGAAUGAAGAUGAUGACGGUGAUGACGACGAAGACGAGGACGAUUGGCUCGAUCGAGGAAGAGAAUUGACCUUUGUGGAGUCCAUUUUUGCCUUUGUCUUUGGACGAGGCGAUCCAAACGAGCGCCUGGAAACGAGACGUUGGCGCGCGGUCGGUGCCCUGCUGCGCGUGAACAAGGGGUGCGUGUACGCCGAACAAGUCGCACCAUUCUUAGAUUCAUACCUUCUGAGCAAAGAGGAUCACAACGAGGUCAAGAAUGGACUAUUUGCGAGCAUCUUUGAUGUCGUCAGCCACGCGCGACGCAUUUUCAGGAAAAAGCAGGCAGAGAACGAAAGAGAUACGUCGAAGAUGCACGAGGGCUACAUGUUGGAGGUAUUGACGCGUUUCGGCGGUCACGCGGAGGCCUCGGACGACGGCAAGCUCAUUUACGUGUUCCCGAGUCUUCAGGUGACAACCAUUGCCGAGGCGGCGGCGUCUAGUCGAUCAACGCCCGGGAGAGCCGUUCCACCGCCGACGCCGCCGCCGAUUUACGAACGAGUUAGACCUCUGUGGGAGAGCGGGCCUAAGAUGCCCCUCGUCGUUGCGCUCGGUUUCCUGAAUAUUUUCAUGAUUUACGUCUUCCACGCCUUGGGCGGAAUGGACCUCAAGCCGCGAGAGCGCGUUCCGCUCGAGCCCAGACAAAAGCAGACGAUGGGACGUCGCGCCGGUCGAUUUCGCGAUGACUCUCCCGUGGCCAUCGAUAUCUCCGAUGAGCCACCUUUGGUGAUCCUGUUCCUCGAGCUCUUCCCUUGGCUCUGUCGCAUCAUGAUGCCGCUCCUGGUCGUGUACGCGACCAUUUUCUUCGUGAUGCCCACGUCGCGGGCGCUCUGCGUCGCCAUCGAGAAUCGGCGCGUUGUUCGUCGGAACGACAUCCGAAAGCGUCGAGCACUGGAAACGUUUAACAUGGCGAUUCAAGAGACGGAGAAACAGGCUCGAGCGCGAGGCAAACAGAAUCUAGAAGUCAUCGCGUAG